CUAUUCUACACUCUUAAACAAAGAAAUGCUCUACUGUAGAAAGAAAGAGAGAAAAGACAGAAAAGGAUGACAUUGGGGAGGCACUUAUUAUGGUUGUCAUCAUUACUAUCAUCACUUAAAAUUACAAAGAAAUGCUGCUUUACCUUCUUUUUGCUUCCUCUCUGCCCAUUGCUUGUGCCUUCCUUAGACUUACACCCACAAUGUCUCCACUCUUUACCUUCUCUCUCUUUCUUUUUCUAUUUUUCUUGGGUUUUGAAUUUCAAACCUUUCUUAGCUACUACAAGGAUUCAGCACUCCUACUAUUUAUGCUACUCUAUAGGCUAUCCUAAUUCCCUUAUAAAUAAAGAAAGUAAUCAAGAUUAAGUCUUUCAAUCUUAUCAGAAAACUAUGUCAGCUUUUUCUCUCUUAUUCAGUUAUUUGGGUGUUUUUUGGUCUAUCUAUUAUAAUUGAGGUUUCAAGUGCUUCAUCUCAUUGAAAUUGGAGAUGGGUAAAAGGGUUUUUUUGGUUCAGCUUUUUGCUUCUUUUAUCAUCAUACUUUCUCUUUUCCUCUGUUCAGUUUCAAGUAAUGUAAUAAGAAGUGACAGAUUUGGAGAAGUUCCUAAAGAAGCUACCGUCCAGAAGGAUAUCACAACGCCUCUCACAACCGUACCAACUAUUAAUUUCACAGCCACUUCAACAGCUCCGAUACUGAAUCCGAACUCAAUCCCUGAUGACGGAACUUGGGUCCCAUUUGCUACGCCGACAACAUCAUCACCUGUGAACUCGGGUGCUAGCUGGUGUGUUGCUAGCCAAACUGCUGCUCGGUUAUCAUUACAGAUGGCUUUAGAUUAUGCUUGUGGCCAUGGGGGUGUUGAUUGUAGCCCAAUUCAACCUGGUGGAAGAUGUUACCACCCAAAUACUCUUCAUGACCAUGCUUCUUUUGCAUUCAACAAUUAUUAUCAGAAAAACCCAAUUCCAAAUAGCUGUAAUUUUGGAGGAACUGCAAUUGUUACCAGCACUAAUCCAAGUACUCAACUUUGCCAGUAUCCCUCAACAAGCACGAGUUCAUCUGUGCUCGACACAGAAAAUCAGAAUAUCUCGACAGUUUUUGGCUUGGGGCCUCCUGCACCAUCUAGUUUAGCGACGACCCUGGUUAACAAAAUUCCGUAUCUUUCCACUUCAGCGUGUUUUAUAGUGCUGCUGCAAAGAUAUGUUCAUUAGAGAGACAGAGAUGAUCAUGAGAAAUAGCUUUAUGUUCAAGGUCAGCCACAGUUCUGUCAUCCUGUAGAAACUUCUGUUAUGAUGCUGCGCAGAAUAUGUUAAUUAAAGGGUUGGCUUAAUUAUGAAAGUCGGGUUCUAGAUUUUCCUGUUUUCGGCUCUUUGAUUCGUAGUCCUGUAAAUGAGGGGGCAAGUAUCGAAGGAAGUUAGCGAUUGUUAGUCUUUGAACAAUAUAAGAUGUGUUUAGUAGUAUGCAUUUUAUGAGGAACUUUUCUUAUUCUUAUAA